CACGCGCCCCUAGCUCCGCUCCGACGUUGCCGCUCCACCGCUGGCUCCUGCUCCCCGUCCCAAUCUCCCUCGCGCACCCCUCGCUCAUCUCCCGAAUCCACUCGUAGUGCAUGUCCGCGAGACCGAUCGAUCCACCGCGCCGCGCGUACGUCGUUCGGGUAGGCAGGCAGAGGCAAGGUUUGUACUGAGAGCGUGCAGCGGCGUACGUGGUUAGCGCUUUGGCACAGCAAGCAGGAGGAAGGCGCGCGCAGGUGUAUGCAUGAGCAAGAAGAGGAGAGAAGGAGGCGGCGGAGGAAACGGCGGCUGCGACCCGCCGGCCGUGACCGAUGCGCUGUCCAUGGACGGCGGCCUCCGCGAGGUGUCCCUCUCUGUCGUCUUUUCCGUCUGGUGCCUCCUCUUCCUCCUUCGCUCCCAGUUCCUCCACAGCCAGACCGACCCUUCAGAUUUCUACGACGACGUGGAGGACGGAAUGCGCGAAAACUACUGCAAGGUAAUGCCGCUGGAGGCCUACAUUUUCCCGACCGAGUAUAACGCCUCCGCGGCCGCGCCCACGUGCCAGCCAUCGUUGCACCCGCCGGAUCAGCCGCAGCAGGAAACUGACCACCGGAGCCUGGAGCCGUUCAACAACACAACCGGCGGCAAAUCGUCAGCGGAGGCGGCGGCGCUCGAUGAGCUCGACGAGUUCCGGAGCCGGAUCCUGCAGGGCAAGGCCGAGAACGGCCGCGUCCCCGACGGCGCGACGCCGGCGGCCCACCGGCUGGAGCCGAGCGGCGCGGAGUACAACUACGCGGCGGCGUCCAAGGGUGCCAAGGUGCUCGCCCACAACAGGGAGGCCAAGGGCGCCGCCAACAUCCUCGGCGGCGACAAGGACCGGUACCUGCGCAACCCGUGCUCCGCCGACGACAAGUUCGUCGACGUCGAGCUGUCGGAGGAGACGCUGGUGCGCACCAUCGGCCUCGCCAACCUGGAGCACUACUCCUCCAACUUCAGGGACUUCGAGCUGUACGGCAGCCCGAGCUACCCGGCGCCGGCGGAGGAGUGGGAGCUGCUCGGCCGCUUCACCGCCGACAACGCCAAGCACGCGCAGCGCUUCGUGCUGCCGGACCCCCGGUGGACGCGCUACCUCCGCCUCCGCCUCGCCACCCACUACGGCUCCGGCUUCUACUGCAUCCUCAGCUACCUCGAGGUGUACGGCAUCGACGCCGUCGAGCAGAUGCUGCAGGAGAUCAUCUCCGGCUCCGGCGCCGACACCGACGCCUCCGCCGCCGCCAAGGCCGAAGAGGGCGGCGACGGCGGCACCCUCCGCAACGACACCGCGCAGGUCAACGCAAGGCUGGACGGCGUGGGAGGAGGAGGAGGAAGCGCCGCCGGCCGGAACGACAGCGCCGGCGACGGCGCGGGCGCCAAGAACAACGGCUCGAGGAUGACGGUGGCCGGCGACGGGAAGCCGGCCGCGGCGGGGCGGUUCCACGGCGACGCCGUGCUCAAGAUCAUGAUGCAGAAGAUGCGGUCCCUGGAGCUGGGCCUCUCAACGCUGGAGGACUACACCAAGGCGCUCAACCACCGGUACGGCGCCAAGCUGCCCGACCUCCACACCGGCCUCUCCCAGACGACCAUGGCGCUCGACAGGAUGAAGGCCGACGUCCGCGACCUCGUUGAGUGGAAGGGCAACGUGGCCAAGGAUCUCGGCGAGCUCAAGGAGUGGAGGUCAGCCGUGUCCGGCAAGCUGGACGAUCUCAUCAGAGACAACGAGGCGAUGAGGUCGAAUGUCGAGGAGAUGAGGAGCAUCCAGGAGACGAUGCAGAACAAGGAGCUGGCCGUGCUGUCCAUCAGCCUCUUCUUCGCGUGCCUGGCGCUGUUCAAGCUGGCGUGCGACAGGGUGCUGUUCCUCUUCACCAGGAAGGGGGCGGCGGCGGCGGAGAGGAUGUGCGGGGCGAGCAAGGGCUGGAUCCUCGUACUGGCAAGCAGCAGCUUCACUACUUUCCUAGUGCUGCUAUACAACUGAAGCCCACCCAACUCACCUUAGGAACAGCUUUUCUUUUCUUUUUUACCAUUUUUCUGCUAGCUUUGUCGCCACGUUCUCCUGUAGAGCUUGUCCCGGUUGAUCUACGUUAGGUUGUUGUUAGCCUGGCUGUUACCGAGGAAGUACUAGUGAUUUGGAAAUAAAAGUGCCGGUAUUCAGGAAGACCCCGGUUCUAUAAGUAA